AUGAUUGAAGAGAGCAAAAUGGGUGGUGGAAGAUUUGUGGUUGUAUUUUUGCUUUUGGCUUUGAGUACGGUGUCGUUUUGUUUUGCCGACAAUGUGACGUACGAUCACCGGGCAUUGGUGAUCAACGGCAAACGCAGAGUAUUGGUCUCUGGAUCCAUUCAUUACCCUCGGAGCACCCCCGAUAUGUGGCCGGACUUAAUACAGAAAUCAAAACAAGGAGGAUUGGAUGUAAUUGAGACUUAUGUUUUCUGGAAUUUGCAUGAACCAGUUCGAGGCCAGUACAAUUUUGAAGGAAGAAAUGAUUUGGUAAAGUUCGUGAAAUUGGUCGGGGAGGCUGGCUUAUAUGUUCAUCUUCGAAUCGGUCCUUAUGUUUGCGCCGAAUGGAACUAUGGAGGAUUUCCUAUUUGGUUGCAUUUUAUACCCGGAAUUGUGCUUCGAUCUGAUAAUGAGCCGUUCAAGGCUGAAAUGCAGCGAUUUACGGCCAAGAUUGUGGACAUGAUGAAGCAAGAAAAUCUAUAUGCAUCCCAAGGAGGACCCAUUAUUUUGUCUCAGAUUGAAAAUGAAUAUGGCAACAUUGAUUCAGCAUAUCCUAGUGCCAAAACCUACAUAAACUGGGCAGCAAAAAUGGCGAUAUCUUUAGAUACCGGGGUACCGUGGGUGAUGUGCCAACAAAGUGAUGCUCCCGAUCCUAUUAUUAACACGUGCAAUGGGUUCUAUUGUGAUCAAUUCACUCCAAAUUCUAACAAGAAGCCAAAAAUGUGGACGGAGAACUGGAGUGGAUGGUUCUCUGCAUUUGGGGAUGCCGUGCCCUACAGACCAGUGGAAGACCUUGCUUUCGCUGUGGCACGUUUUUACCAGCUAGGUGGAACUUUCCAGAACUAUUACAUGUACCAUGGUGGAACUAACUUUGGCAGGACUUCUGGUGGACCAUUCAUUACGACUACCUAUGAUUAUGAUGCUCCAAUUGAUGAGUAUGGCCUUCUUAGACAGCCUAAAUGGGGUCACUUAAAAGAUGUUCACAAGGCUAUAAAGCUAUGUGAAGAGGCGAUGCUGGCAACUGACCCUAAGACUACUUCACUUGGCUCAAACAUGGAGGCCACUGUAUAUAAAACUGAAUCAGGUCUUUGUGCUGCUUUUCUUGCCAAUUGGGACACAAAAAAAGACGCAAAUGUGAACUUUAAUGGAAAUUCCUAUCACUUGCCUGCUUGGUCUGUGAACAUUUUACCAGACUGCAAGAAUGUUGUACUCAAUACUGCGAAGAUUAACUCUGUGAUUACCCUCUCAAAGUUCAUUAGCCUACCUUCAAAAGAUGAUACUUCUUCUGGUGCAUCCUUCUCGGGUUGGAGUUGGAUUAACGAACCUGUAGGCAUUUCAAGUCAGAGUGCAUUCACGAAAACUGGGCUACUGGAGCAGAUCAAUACUACUGCAGAUAAAAGUGAUUAUCUGUGGUAUUCUAUAAGCAUUGAAAUGAAUCAGAACGAGCAUCUCCUUAAAGAUGGAUCUGGGACAGUACUUCACAUUGAUUCGCUUGGACACACGCUACAUGCUUUUAUCAAUGGGAAGCUUGUAGGGAGUGGAAAAGGGAGCAAUGGAAACCGUAAAGUUUCAAUAGAGGUUCCGGUCAACCUCAUUAAAGGAUCAAACAAAAUUGAUCUCUUGAGUUUGACAGUGGGGCUACAGAACUAUGGAGCCUACUUCGAUACACUGGGAGCAGGAAUCACUGGUCCAGUUCAGUUGAAAGGUUCACAAAAUGGAUCAACUAUUGACCUCUCCUCACAAAAGUGGACGUAUCAGAUUGGCUUGAGAGGUGAAGAGUUAGAUCUGUCUAGUGGAAGCACCUCUCUUUGGGUUUCUCAACCUGCCUUGCCUACUAAUCAACCUCUAAUAUGGUACAAGUCAACUUUUGAUGCUCCUGCUGGAAGUAGUCCGGUUGCAAUAGACUUUACGGGUAUGGGCAAAGGUCAGGCAUGGGUAAAUGGACAAAGCAUUGGUCGUUAUUGGCCAACCAAUAAAGCUUCAAACGGAGGUUGCGCCGACUCCUGCAAUUAUAGAGGAUCUUACAGUUCAAACAAAUGUCUGAGGAAUUGCGGAAAGCCAACUCAGCAGCUCUACCACGUUCCUCGUUCUUGGCUACAGCCCAGUGGUAACGUGCUGGUUUUGUUCGAGGAAACGGGGGGUAAUCCAAAUCAGAUAUCUUUUGCAACUAGAGAAGUAGAAAGUCUAUGCUCACGAAUUUCAGAAAAUCACCCACUUCCAGUCGAUAUGUGGACCUCGGAUGAAGAAGCAAGAAAGAAUGCCGGACCAACUCUGUCAUUAGAAUGUCCUCACCCAGAUCAGGUCAUAUCUUCUAUUAAGUUCGCAAGCUUUGGCACUCCUCGGGGAACAUGUGGAAGUUUUAAUCACGGGCAAUGCAGCAGCAAACAGGCUCUUCCUGUCGUACAGAAGGCUUGCAUUGGAUCAAGAAGCUGCAGCAUUGGAGUCUCAAUCAGUAAGUUUGGUGAUCCAUGUAGAGGGGUUACGAAGAGUUUAGCUGUAGAAGCUUCCUGUGUAUGA